AUGGCGGAUUCCGGCAACAGAAUCGGGGAGGAAGAGGAACACCAGGCGAGGGCCCCUGAGGUUGCGCCUUUUGAUCUCAAUGAUUUCACCAUAAUCAAGGAGGGGGAGGCCGAGAUUCUAAUGCACGUGAAAAACGAAGUCUUUUAUAACAAAACCCAGGUUAAUAACAGAGACAUGUCUAUUGCUGUUUUGAGAACAUUUAUAUCAAAACGCAAAGAAGAGCAUGAAUCAAUGUUAUCCAAGAAAAAGAAAGUUGGGCCCGAAGCAGCAGGGGAGCCUACUGUUGAGCCCGAAUCUGUGACAAAUACCCCAAUGCCCGAACAAAAUUUGAAUGGAGAGUGUGAAGCGUCGGUAGAUAUACCUCAGGACAAACCUACCAGCAUCUCUGGAGAUAAACCUUCAAACCAAGAGGGAAAAGGCCCAAGAGAACUGAAGCCCCCUCGAGUUUUGGAGGCAUUGUCGGCUUCUGGACUCAGAUCCUUAAGAUAUGCUCGUGAAGUAGAUGGGAUUGGCCAAGUUGUGGCCGUGGACAACGAUAAAGCGUCUGUUGAAGCUUGCAGGAGGAACAUUAAGUUUAAUGGCUCUGUGGCAUGCUCAAAGGUGGAGUCACAACUUGCUGAUGCGAGAGUUUACAUGCUUACCCACCCGAAAGAAUUUGACGUGGUUGAUCUCGAUCCUUACGGUUCACCAUCCAUUUUCCUGGACUCUGCUGUUCAGUCGGUUGUAGAUGGUGGCAUGUUAAUGUGUACAGCAACUGAUAUGGCUGUGCUCUGUGGGGGAAAUGGCGAGGUUUGCUAUUCCAAAUACGGGUCUUACCCAUUGAGAGGGAAAUACUGCCACGAGAUGGCGCUAAGGAUCCUUCUUGCAUGUAUUGAAAGCCACGCUAAUCGGUACAAACGAUACAUUGUUCCUGUACUAUCUGUUCAAAUGGAUUUUUAUGUACGAGUUUUUGUGCGUAUAUACACUUCUGCAGGCGCCAUGAAGAAUACUCCCCUGAAAUUAUCGUACGUUUAUCAAUGCACGGGCUGUGAUUCUUUUCAUCUUCAGCCUAUUGGGAGGACCAUCUACAAGAAUAAUGGCGCUAGCGUGAGAUAUCUUCCCGGGUUCGGUCCCGUUGUUCCCCAAGAGUGCACCGAUUGCGGCAAGAAAUUCAACAUGGGUGGACCCAUAUGGUCUGCACCGAUUCAUGAUCAAGAAUGGGUGAAUUCCAUUUUAACAGACGUAAAAACUAUGAAGAAUUGCUACCCGGCCUUUGAUCGGAUAUCCGCUGUACUAACCACAAUUUCCGAGGAAUUACCCGAUGUACCACUGUUUUUAAGUUUGCACAAUCUGUGUGCAACAUUGAAAUGCACUUCCCCAUCUGCAGUUAUAUUCCGUUCGGCCGUGAUUAAUGCCGGUUAUCGUAUAUCGGGUAGCCAUGUGAACCCGCUGGGUUUGAAAACAGAUGCACCUAUGGAAGUCAUAUGGGAUAUCAUGCGUUGUUGGGUAAAAAAUCAUCCGGUGAAAACUCAGCCAGAAGAUCAGGCUGGGAGUGUGAUUCUAGCUAAGGAACCAGUGCUGCAGGCCAAUUUCACGCGAGCCGUGGCUUCCCUUAGCAAGGCCCAGGCGAAAAAGGUUGCUCGAUUCCUUCCCAAUCCCGAACGGUAUUGGGGGCCCAAAGUAAGGGCCGGGCGCCAGAUCACAAGCAAGCAUGUCUCUCUUCUUGGUGCUGAGGCCAUUAAUGGAAUUCAUAAACUCGAAGAAGGUGGUGAAGAAGAGCCCUCGGCCAAACGUAACAAGACAGAAGAAACAAACACCUCCUAA